AUGGGAACUUACAUUUCUAGAGCUAGAGCCUCUAUUGUUAUUUUCCUAGCCUCCCUAGUCCUUCCAUUGCUUCUCCCAAACUGUUAUUCUCCUUCUGUGUUGAUUGCAAGUGCACAAAUCCCAGAAUUAUCAGAUGCUGAUUUGUUAGAAUUUCCUCUCAAUUUAGAAUACUUAGAGGCUGAAUUUUUCUUGUUUAGGGCUUUCGGGUAUGGAUUGGAUGUGGCUGCUCCAAACCUAACUGGGGGAGGACCCCCUCCCAUUGGUGCCAAAAAGGUUGAACUUGACAGCCUUGCCAAGGAUGUCAUUUUGCAGUUUGCUUUUCAGGAAGUUGGACACUUAAGGGCCAUAAAGAGCAAAGUGACAGGGUUCCCUAGGCCAUUGUUAGAUCUAAGCUCAGCAUCUUUUGCCAAACUAAUGGAUAGUGCCGUUGAGAAACCUUUGGUUCCUCCCUUUGAUCCCUAUGCUAAUUCACUUAAUUUUAUAAUUGCAUCUUAUGUGAUUCCCUAUGUUGGCCUUACUGGUUAUGUUGGUGUCAAUCCACUGCUACAAAAUGCUACUUCCAGGAAGAACUAUAAUUUGAUCUCGAAUUCACAUAAAGACAAAGUGCAUAUACAUGAACAACUUGUUGCAGGGCUUCUAGGAGUAGAGUCUGGGCAAGAUGCAGUUUUGCGAGAGUUGUUGUAUGAAUGCAAAGUGCAGUUGGUGGCACAGUACAAAGUGACUGUGGCAGAGUUCACAAAUCGCAUUUCAAUACAUAGGAGCAAGCUAGGAAACAUGGGUAUGAAAGAUGAAGGUAUUAUUGUGCCUAAAGAGUUGGGUGCUGAAAGUAGAGUUAGAGGCAACAUUCUUGCUGGUGACGAUGACUCGCUGGCAUAUUCAAGGACUCCAGAAGAAAUAUUGAGAAUAGUAUAUGGAAGUGAUCAUGAAGAUGUUUGCGGUGGCUUCUAUCCUAAUGGAGCAAGUGGUCUUAUUUAAAGCACACUACGUAAAGCUAAAGCAUUUGCUUUGUAGAUUAUAUAAUGCGUCUUUAAUCCAUUGCUAAA